CAGCAACCGUGUAAGGUGCGGGAGAGGAAUCGGAACAGCUUCAGUGUAGCGCUGCAUAGCCACGCACUGGGCUGACAGACAGUCGUGUCUUCAUCAACAUAAAAAAACAGAACUUAUUCAUUAACCCUUGCUUGUUCAAAAUGGCUGAUCGCGUUAGUAGCGACGGCGAGGAGACCACCGCCCGCGGUUUCGCCAGGACUGGGGCUCUAAGGCAGAAAAAUGUCCAUGAAGUUAAAGACCACAAGUUUACUGCACGGUUCUUCAAGCAACCGACCUUCUGCAGCCACUGCACAGACUUUAUCUGGGGAUUCGGGAAGCAAGGAUUCCAGUGUCAAGUUUGCUGCUUUGUGGUGCACAAACGCUGCCAUGAAUUUGUCACUUUUUCCUGUCCUGGUGCCGAUAAGGGACCAGACUCCGAUGAUCCCAGGAGUAAGCACAAGUUUAAGGUUCACACUUAUUCCAGCCCAACCUUCUGUGAUCACUGCGGCUCCCUCCUCUACGGCCUCCUACACCAAGGGAUGAAGUGUGACCAUUGCUUGAUGAACAUUCACAAGCGCUGUGUAGCCAAUGUUCCCAGCCUGUGCGGUACGGACCACACCGAGCAAAGAGGGCGGAUAUACAUCACUGCCGAAAUCAUCAAGGAGAUCCUCACUGUGACGAUUAAAGAUGCUAAGAACCUGGUACCCAUGGACCCCAAUGGCCUCUCGGACCCCUACGUCAAACUGAAGCUGAUCCCCGACCCAAAAAGUGAGAGCAAGCAGAAAACCAAAACUAUCAAAUGCUCCCUUAACCCAGAGUGGAAUGAGACUUUUAUAUUCAAACUGAAAGAGUCGGAUAAGGACCGGAGGUUGUCUGUGGAGAUCUGGGACUGGGAUCUGACCAGUCGGAAUGACUUCAUGGGAUCGUUGUCGUUUGGAAUUUCCGAGCUUUAUAAGUUGGGAGUCGAUGGCUGGUUCAAGCUGCUGAGCCAGGAGGAAGGGGAGUACUUCAAUGUUCCUGUCCCAGCUGAGGGGGAGGAAGGCAACGAGGAGCUGAGGCAGAAGUUUGAAAGAGCUAAAAUUGGACCGGGUAUCAAGAACAAAGAAGGAUCCUCGGCAAACGCAAUAUCCAAAUUCGACAGCAAUGGGAACCGAGACCGGAUGAAAAUGUCCGACUUCAAUUUCCUCAUGGUUCUGGGUAAAGGGAGCUUUGGAAAGGUGAUGCUGGCGGACCGGAAGGGCACGGACGAGCUGUAUGCAAUCAAGAUCCUGAAGAAGGACGUGGUGAUUCAGGAUGAUGAUGUGGAGUGUAUCAUGGUGGAGAAAAGGGUGCUGGCACUGUCCGGGAAACCCUCCUUCCUCACACAGCUCCACUCCUGCUUUCAGACCAUGGACCGCCUGUACUUUGUCAUGGAGUACAUCAAUGGUGGAGACCUGAUGUACCAGAUCCAGCAGGUUGGCAAGUUCAAGGAGCCCCACGCUGUGUUCUAUGCAGCAGAAAUUGCCAUAGGUCUCUUUUUCCUGCACAGCAAGGGCAUCAUUUAUCGGGACCUCAAGCUGGAUAACGUAAUGCUCGACUCGGAAGGACACAUUAAGAUCGCCGACUUUGGCAUGUGCAAAGAAAGCAUGUGGGAUGGAGAGACCACAAAGACUUUUUGUGGGACUCCCGAUUACAUUGCUCCUGAGAUCAUUGCUUACCAGCCUUAUGCCAAGUCAGUGGACUGGUGGGCUUUCGGUGUUCUGUUGUACGAGAUGCUAGCUGGACAGCCCCCCUUCGAUGGGGAAGAUGAAGAUGAGCUCUUCCAGUCCAUCAUGGAGCACAACGUCUCGUAUCCCAAAGCUAUGAGCAAGGAGGCGGUGGCCAUCUGCAAAGGGCUGAUGACCAAGCACCCUGGGAAGAGACUGGGCUGUGGGCCAGAGGGGGAGCGUGACAUCAAAGAGCACGCCUUCUUCCGCUACAUGGACUGGGAGAAACUGGAGAACAAAGAGGUCCAGCCACCCUUCAAGCCUAAGGCUAAAAACAAGAGGGACACAGGAAACUUUGACAAGGAGUUUACCAAGCAGCCCCUAGACCUCACUCCCACCGACAAACUUUUCAUCAUGAACAUGGACCAAGAUGAGUUUGCAGGAUUUUCCUAUAUCAACCCUGAAUUUGUUAUUGCGGUCUAAUGGUAUUACUAGCAUUUCAAUUUAAAGGUGCAGUACUCCCUUUUUGAAGGUGGGAGGGGGUGUUGAAUUGGCAUGUGUAUACCAGGUUGCUGUAAAGUCACCUAGCCAUUUUGUUGUGGAAAGGACACUUUCUGCAGAGCAGUUUCAAAGCUGGUAGUUAUACCAUUUUUCUGUUCAAUAUGACCAACUUUUUUUCUCCAGAAAGGCUUCCAUCAUUGGGAUAACAUUAAGACCAGCUGAACACAUUUUGAGGACUGAGAUGUCAUUCAGUUCUGCUGUGUUUUCUCCACAGAAGGAAAGCAAAGCGGCCAUGGCCCUUUACAGCCACAGUGGGUAAACAGUAUGUGUGAAAUAUAUUUCCAUUUUGUGGACAAGAUCUUCUUGUGUAUAUAGAAAAAUAAUAAGGCAAAUUAGACAAUGCUUUAAAAUAAGUGUCUGAUUGAGCUAAAUUAUUGUCCUGUUGUUGUAUGAGAAAAUAUGGGAUGUGUCCUGAAUUGAAGUACUUAUCAUCUUGAGUUAUCAAACUCUUGCAAGUAAAAUUGUAGCUAUGUCCCUAUUGGUUUCAUGUGGGAAAGUAUUAAACUUUUCCCAUUACUUUUUGUGAGCAAGAACCUGUUCACUUUUAUUAUAAUCACAUAUUGUCGUAAAAAUUUAACUUAAUCGUCUUUUCUCACUAUGAAACAUGGACUCAUGUGCUUGUCCUUCAAACGGUAGAAAAUGACACUGGCAUAAUGACAUUUCAAUUAAUGACACUUAUUGCAAAGUGUUUCCAAAUAUUGCUAUUAGAGCUGAUUUAUGUCUAUGUUUGGAAAACACAUGAGGACUAUUCAGAAGUUAACCGAUAUCCUCGACUGGUUAUUAUUGAAGCAUUAUGAGGGGGGAAAAAAAGAAGAAAAAAAACAUGAAUAUCUUCUAUGCAUGCCUGUUUAAUCUACUAUGAUGUCUAAUUUUACUAAAUUCAGAUGUCACUGCUGGCACUGAAUACAGUACUUUUUUUUUGUUUCUUCCUAGUAACUUUGUUAUUUAUAGAAAUCAAAGACAUCUAGACGUCUUCCAGGAUAUUUAAUAAAAAUAAUUAUUUUGCAAUUUUAUCAUCAUUAUAAAGUGAACUAAGAUAGCUGCUUUAAGAGUUAGAUUAAAAAAAGAGGAUAUAAUAAGUUAUUUAUUUAUUUAUUUAUUUAUGUAUUAACCAGGAGAAUAUUGGGGCUGGAAAUACAACACAAACGGACUGCAGCAAACAUAAAGCAGCAUAUAGAAUUGGUAAUGCUAGUAUAAUUCAUUAUAAAGCAUUAAAGCAUUCCGCAAAAAAAAAAAAAAAAAAAAGAGUUUCAGGUUGUUUGUACGUACUUAAAAUCAAGCGCAUUCAGCAUUUUCCAAAUGAAUAUGAAGAUUAAUUGUUCAUUGGAGCCGAUUAGUAAAGGACAACACACAGUGAGCCACAUAUCAGAUGUUAAUCUAUGUUUUGUUACGAAAAUACGUCAUAUAACAUAUUAGAAUAACAUGCUGUAUAAGACAAUCAAUAUAUGGGGUCUGAUGUCCAUGGUUCUGGAAAUUGAAUAGAUGGCUCUGUGUUCAGGGUGCUUACUAAUUUUUAAUUCCAUCUGUUUAUGGUACUGAAAUUUAAGUUUUAAGAUGAAAUGGGGUAAAUAGAUCAAAAUGAAAUGACAUACAUUGUGUAAAAAUCUAGUGAUGCUGCUCUAUUUCAGUACAUGCUUGUCCCACUCUCCAGCGGUUUAACGCUAUUGGCUUCAGUGAUGAUGGUUACACGUUUCUAAACUAAUCAUCUUAGCGUUCCUUUUUUUUUGGUAUUCGUAAAACUUUUUUUAAUUGUUUGUUAAAUGAGCCAACAACA